UUUAAAGUGUUUUUAACGCUGAGGGGAGGGGUUAUUUUCAACUUAACAUCCAAAAAUGCACAUUUAUAAAACAUAACGUGUAUUAGAAGAAGAAACAGAAGCAGGGAAAUCAUAUUGGAUCUAACAUGCGAUACCUCUCCCUAGCAACCGCAAUGUUUUCCCUGGAUACCAUUUUCUUGUUAGCUACAGGAAACGAACUGAGACCACCCCACACAUGCAUUCACCUGAUGAAAACCAGUUCUCGUGUCCCAGACAGUCUCUGUGGAGCCUCAUCACUAAGUAUGUCUCAGAGUCAGAGUUGCUGAAGAUCCAUGCAGCUUUGGGUGACCCUCUGGUCGACAUGUACACAGAGGUUCACUCAGAGGCAGAGAUGUGGCACAAGAAGUGGCAGGAGAGUCUGUGUUAUGGGAGCCACCAACUGCAGGGUUCCCCUCUUUCUGACCCGCCUGUUGUGAAAGAGUUGGUGAGAGGUGAGGUCAAGAUACUACUGGAGACACUCAAAGGAAGAGCCUACAACAGUGAAAGAGACAGUGAGGAGCUCCUGCUUCGAUACAAUCCUGAAACUCUAAGCUACGUGCUCGGUCACCAGCAGAUUGGUUAUUGCAGAUCCUCCAACCUCAAAAAUGCUGAUAACUUCAACAGGCUUAGCUCUUGUUCUUCUGUCAUGUCCAGCGCUGGAAGUGAGAUUGAAGCAGUUAAAGAUAUGCUGAAUGUCACUGAGAUUCACAGAGUGAUCACUCCACUCAGAUGUGUCCUCUUGGAGGAAUGUGAAGCAUUGACUAAAAUGACAAAGCAUUUCAAGAAAAACAUCAAAUUGAAGUGUAUAAGUCACUUAAAUAAGCCUGAGCCUUCGCUUACAGAGCUGAAAGAACUCAGAGCCGCCAUACAAACAGACUUGAAGUUCCUACCUUCAUCUUCUGGAGCCUCAUCCUCUGCUCCUGUUUCAAGUAAGAAGAAAAGUUGCAGAUUUCCAGCUGAAUCUGGUUCAUUUACUCGCUUAGAUCCUACUCCUAAAUCAGGCUUGAGACUAAAUCUGCUUCCACUGUGGCAGCCCAAACCCAGGCCACCAAGUCAUGAUCCUCCUACCAGGACCUCAUCAGUGCGGACUCUUGGUUUGCAUCGUUCCACAUCAGCCUCUCAUGAAUCAGUUAAACAUACCAGCGGGGACAGGUUGGACACUAACCUGAAAGUAACUAAAAGCCAAGAGAACUCUAGUUUUUCCACAAAGCCAGACUUUACCGACCCUCUCUGCAGGACUUGUUCAGGACUUCACAUUAGCUCUGAGAGAGACUCAGCCUCCCAUCAAUCAUCACAAUGCUCUGUUCACAGACCGAGCACAGAUUCCGAUUGGUCACCACACAGGGAGAGAAAAAUCAGUGCUCUUUGUUCAAGAAAUAUAAACUUCACCCCCUCGCCUCCUCCUCCUUUGGGUCAGCAAUGUGACGCAGGCAGCAGGAGCAGCAGCAGUAGUCCCACUGACCAUUCUGUGUCUGCGAAUGGUAAAAUAAAACCAGAUGACAGGAAUAACAAUUGUAGUAGUGGGAGAAACUUGGUGUUAACUGUACUGCAGAAAGAUACGUCUGAAAAGACCAGUGGAAUCUCCCACAUAUCUGGACGUUUUGAUCAAUGUGGCAGCAAGAAAAACAAAAGUCAGGGAGAAAUAGAAAUAGUUGCCUAAGAGAAAAUACCAACAAUCAAAGUCAAGAUAGCGUCAGCAUCACAGAUGACUCAUGACAUUGUCCAAAGACAGUGAGAUAUGUCCUCAACCACAGCAGAGAAAAAACUUUAAUUCACCAGAAAAACUACAACCAAGAAAACUUGAGGAGCACCGUUUCUAAAUAUAUUUUCACAGCCAGUCCUUCAAUGUUAACAUCUUUCACUAAUAAAAUGUCUGAGAUAAGAUUAAGGUUAAACUUCACAGAUUUGCUAAAAUAUUUUUGAGGAAGAGGACUUAACUUUGGUAAAGUGUAUGUUUAUGUGGCAAAAAGCUGCCAUGUUGAAAUACGAGUCCUAUGCUGCCUGCGACUACCUAAAAUAAAGCACUGACGAGAGAUAAUCUUAAAUACAAGCUUUGAAUUUGUGUUGUUUGUUGUUUGUUGUUUUUUCGGGCUGCACAAAAUUCGGGCUGCACAAAAAAUUGUUUUUUGGAUUACGGCUAAGUUAUCCUGUUUUCACCUUGCUGAACACUGAACACUAUUUUUUUAUCAUAAAUAUUGAUCCUUAUUAUCACGCUAUUGUCAAAACAAGUAAGAAUAUUCUCUAUUUAUAAAAAUGUUCUUCACACAGUUAAAUCAUUAAUGCAACUGCCAUGUUUGCAGUCUUAUCUUUGGGGGUUACUUAAUGUCUUAAACAAUUAGAAAUUUGAUCACCUUAAUUUUAAAAAGUUACUCAAAAUUUAAAUAAAAAGUGUUAAACUAUAAUGCAGUCUUCAUUUUGAGCACUUAUUUAUUGCUUCUUCUGUUUUUUUAUGUUAUUUAAGAAAAGUGCUAAUGAGAUUGGUUGAGAAAUUUAUGGGAUAUGAUGGUGGGACAAAACCCCAAGCUCCAUGAUGAAGAACAACAUGUCUUUGUUUUAGAAAUGUCUUCUUUCUGUGUUAAUGUAUUAGUUUUGUAAUAAUUGUAUUUAUUUAUUUUUUAAUUUAAGUUUUUGAAAUCUUAUAAUUUGCACAUAACUGCUAUAUUUUUGUCUGCCUGUUUUUUUUUUUAAUAUGCUAAUUAAAUCAGAUGAUGUAUUUUAACAGUGCUGUCAAAAUUCGCAGAGAAACAUAAAGGAACACAAAUAUCAAAUAUCCUACUAGACAGUUCACCAGCAAAAAUAAAAUAAAUAAAUAAAUACGUUGAUGGGGUGGAGAUGAGUUUUCACUUUGUGUGCUUUUCAAAACAAAAUACAAGUACGAAAAAAAAUGAAGUAGAAAAACAAAGAACAACAUCGACAAACGUAUUAGAAAUUCAUUGUAACCACUUUGCGUGGACUCCAUUUCGGGUCUCUUUAUUCCGUGUAGUGGUGUCUCUUUUUAGGUUUCGUUUUCUUCGUCAGUUGACACUGAGUGCAAACAGCUGUUGUUGUGGA